UCCUCUUUGAUUCAGUAAGAAAAGAUCCUCCAAGUCUACCACAACACAAACGCCACCAAAAUGCCCGGCGUCGACCCCUCCGUGAUCGCGCCAGAGGACGAAGGGCCUUUAGAAAGGCUUCCCUUCCCUCCCGUCACAAAGCAGCAUAUUUUAAACUGUUCUUAUUCUUCCUGGUACCCAAAAUACCGCACCUCAACCCUCCGAAGUCGCCUCAUCCCACUCACAGCCGCCUUCCUCGACUACUUGCGCGAAGACGGACUCUGGCUCCCAGACGACGAUGACCAACCCUACGAAGAAACAGAAUGGUCAGCCGCAAACGCCGACAAACACGCAGACCCCGAGUUUGAAGCCCAAGCUCAGCCAAACGACGCAUCAGCAUUCGCAGACGUACACAGUGUGAUUAAAUCGACUAUCGCAGAGCUCGGCGGCUCCGUUGUACCCAAGUUAAACUGGUCGGCGCCCAAGGACGCGCUGCACAUGGCGCUGUCGAAGAACUCGAUUGCUUGUCAGACGCCCCAGGAUAUAUAUCUGUUGCUUAAGAGCUCCAUCUUCGUGACUCAUGACUUGGAGCAUGCGUUUGACGAUUGUGCGAAUCCCGAGCAUCCGCCGUUUAUUAGAGACAUCGAAUACUCUCUCGUCCUUCGACCAUACUUCAAGAUCAAUACCUCAUUCGAGUUCCGAGUAUUUGUGCGCGACCGAACUAUUGUGGGGAUUUGUCAGCGUGAGCUGAAGCAUGUCGAUUACAGCCCGGAACUCCUCGACAAAAUACAACCCGAGAUCGAAAACUUUUACGAGAGCAAACUGAAGGACUCGUUCCCGGAUCCGAGUUUCGCUUUCGAUGUAUAUUUGCCCGAACCUCACGACAAGGUCAGGCUCAUUGACAUCAAUCCCUGGGCUCAGCGUACGGACCCAUUGCUGUUCUCCUGGCUUGAAUUACUUAUCAUGUCACUGCCUAAGCCACUUCUGGGACAAGGAGACACCUCGGAGAGCCCGGCGCUGCCGGAAAGGAGUGCCGAAGAGGAAGCGACUGACACGGAAGAUGAAGGCGUUGAGGAGCUGCCUUUCAAGGCGGAGUUCAGGGUGGUGAAGAAGGAUGAUCCAGAAGCUUAUAACUUCGGAACCGCGCCAUACAGUGCGCAUAAGCUUCCGAAGGAAGUCGUGGAGGCGGGUGAAGAGGGAGGGGAGGCUUGGCGAGUUAUUAUGGAGAGGUGGGAGAAGCUGGGGAGAGGGGAGGCGGAUGAUGAUAGUGAUGAUAGCGGUGACCAAAGACACGCUAUAGCUAGAAGAGAACACAAAAGUAAAUGGCUCCUGCUACUAUAUCUUAUCGUUCGGGAGCAGUUUGCCGCACGGUCAGCUCAGUCACGUUUGUGAAGCACUGGAG